GAGGAGCUAACUUGCUGGAGAGAAAGCAGAGUUAGCGUCCGCGGGAAGGAGGGCGCCCUCACGAGUGGAAGCGACGUCUGGAGGCCUCUAGACCACAGCGACCUCGCAGCUGGCCCAGGGGUCGGUCUUGGGGGAAGAUGGCAGAUGAUCGGGACCACGCUGGGGAGCUGGGAGCCGGGGAUUCUGCAAGUGCAGAUGUCGUGGAUGCUAGGCCAGACCGGUCCUCGUUUGUCUCAUCUGUCUUCCGUAAGAAGAAUAAAAAUGGUUCCACUCGAUCUGUCAGGAUCCCCCGGGACCGCGUGCCGACAUAUCAGUACAACAUGAAUUUUGAGAAGGUGGGCAAAUGCAUCAUCAUCAACAACAAGAACUUCGACAAAGUGACAGGUAUGUGCGUCCGAAACGGAACCGACAAAGACGCUGAGGCCCUCUUCAAGUGCUUCCGGAGCCUGGGUUUUGACGUGACCGUCUAUAAUGACUGCUCUUGUGCCAAGAUGCAGGAUCUGCUGAAACGAGCUUCUGAGGAGGACCAUUCCAACUCAGCCUGCUUCGCCUGCAUCUUAUUAAGCCACGGAGAAGAAAAUUUAAUUUACGGUAAAGAUGGCGUGACACCAAUAAAGGAAUUGACGGCCCAUUUUAGGGGAGAUCGAUGCAAAACCCUUUUAGAAAAACCCAAACUCUUCUUCAUUCAGGCUUGUCGAGGGACGGAGCUCGAUGACGGGAUCCAGGCUGACUCAGGGCCCAUCAAUGACACCGACGCUAAUCCCAGACAUAAGAUCCCCGUGGAAGCCGACUUCCUCUUCGCUUAUUCCACAGUCCCAGGCUAUUACUCAUGGAGGAACCCCGGCAAAGGCUCCUGGUUUGUGCAGGCCCUCUGCUCCAUCCUGGAUGAGCACGGCAAAGACCUGGAGAUCAUGCAGAUCCUCACCAGGGUGAACGACAGGGUGGCCAGGCACUUUGAGUCCCAGUCUGAGGACCCGCGCUUCAAUGAGAAAAAGCAGAUCCCCUGCGUGGUCUCCAUGCUCACCAAAGAACUCUACUUCCCCAAGUAGCCAUUUCUUCUAGCCGAGAAGCUAGGAAUCCUUCAUUGAUGAGUCAGGUUAUUACUGUCAUUAUUUUGAAGCUCUUGAAAUAUCCAGAAAUGUUAUGAGAUUUUUAAUUUCAGGAAAAUUUAUUGAUUCAACAGGGAAGAAACUUUCUGGUGCUGUCUUAUGUUCUCUGAAUUUUCAGAGACUUUUUUUUUUUACAAUGUUCUUCAUUCAAUGACUUUGUAAUUUCCACUUAAGAUUAAUUUUGUUUGUAUUUCUCUUACCUUGUUGUUGUACUUACAUGCAACAAAAAUGACCUCUUGGCUGUGUCCACUGUAAUUGAUGGUGACAUUGGUAGAGAGUCAGGGUCAUGUUUGCAGUUCACAAAAAAGAAUUCCAGUUUUUGUCAGGAAAAAAAGCUGAGGGGAUACUCACGGGCCUGGAUUGCAGAAAGUGGGCAUUGUGUGGUUUGAGUGGAUUUUUAUUGGCUUCACGCAGAUUCUCAUUCAGACAUUCCCAGGUAAGUGAGAAGAGGAAAAUAAUUAAUGGUUCUAGGAUGUGUCAGUUAGGAUCCAGUCCAGAAAAUAGAAGCCAUUCUAGGUGUUUCAACCGAGGGAAUUUAAUACAGGAAAUGCAUCUACAUCAAUGACAGAAGAGAAACCAACAGCAAAAAGCUGUUACUACACUUGGGAUGGUGAGGAUAAUGGGGGAUGUGUGGUUUCCGGAGUCCAGAAACCAGAUCAGUCACAGGAACUGGCGCCAUGAUGGAACUGCCUACGGAGAGCUGGAUCUACCAAAGGACUCUGGGAAAUGGAGUCAUGGCAAGGACAAAACCACCACCUGAGACGGAGACAAGGACAGAGCUGAGUUGGAUACCCCAAAAAUGCCCUGGCCUCCCCUCUCUGUCUUCCACCAGCACCUUACCAUUCCACCUCAACUGGAAGCCAGCUGCUGGCUGACCUGGGAAGGGUGACUUCCCCCGACACAGAGCAGAGCAAGGGAUCAUAAGGGAGGAGAGACGGGAGGAGUGUCGGCCUGGUCCAUAAUGUGAACAUAAGUGAUCAUAGUCCCUGGUGUUCAGCAGUUCACCCGUUCAAUCAUUUAUUCAUUGAGCUGUCGGAUAAUCUACAUAUGUACAAAAUAAUCUGUUUCGGCUUUAUGUGCCAAAUAAUUUGUUUUAGUAUGAAAAUACACCUGGAACUUUUUAGAUUAUUCCAGACCUUAUUCUGAGUAAAUGUUUUUUUUUUUAUCUCUAAUUCUAUAAGUGAGGAAGUUUAUAGCAAAUAUUUUUAGCACUUUGUGUUCAAGGUGAUAUUCUCUUUUGAGCUCUUUAUACAUUACUUUAUUCUCUCUACCUAAUAACUGGUUAACAAAUGUUCAUAUUUAUUGAUUAAAAUGUGGUUUCUUAAUUCUUAA